AGGAGAAUUAAAGAUGAAGUAGAAAAAGUGCAUAUAGAAAAGUUUAGAAUAUUGAUGGGGAAAAAGUCUAGUAGAUGUCAUCUUUAUGCUCUGGUUAUUAAUUCUUCUCCUAUGAUUUCAACACUUUAUGAAAUGGAUAAAAUUCUGUUUUCAGUUCCCAGAAAAGGUUUCAUGUUAUGCUAUCAAUUGUUAAAUUUACCAUCCUGGUUUAAUUCAUUUGUCUUAUAUACAUGUGUGUUUUGAAAGCCCCCAUUAUCUUUCAGGUGAAACUGGUAAGGAGAGAAUAUGGAGACAGGAAAUGAGACAUUGAGCACAGACUUCAUUCUCCUGGGCCUUUUCCCUGGAAUGAGACACACUGGGCUCCUUGUUUCCACCGUCCUCCUCGUCUACACCAUUGCCAUCACAGGAAACACCACCCUGAUCUUCCUCAUCUGGGCAGAUCCCUGCCUUCAUACCUCCAUGUAUUUCCUGCUGAGCCAACUCUCCCUCAUUGACCUGGCCUUCAUCUCUAGCAUAGUCCCCAAAAUGGCGACCAAUUUCUUCUCAGGGAGGAGAAAGAUCUCCCCGACUGGCUGUGGGGCCCAGGUCUUCUUCACCUUGGCUCUGGGGAUAGCUGAGUGCCUCCUCUUGACAUUCAUGGCUUAUGAUCGCUAUGUGGCCAUCUGUCACCCUCUCAAAUACUCGAUCAUUAUCAGCCGCCAGGUCACCCAGCUGAUGGCCAUGGGGUCCUGGGUGGGCGGGGCUCUGGCAUCCUUGGUCCAUACAUCCUAUGCUCUGCACUUUCCCCUCUGUGGCCCCCGAGAACUCCACCACUUCUUUUGUGAGGUCAAAGCCAUCCUGAAGCUGUCCUGUGAGGAUACCUCUGCCUAUGAGAAAGGGGUAGUAAUGACCAGCACUGUUGUGGUUCUACUCCCCAUAGGCCUCAUUCUGACCUCCUACACCCUCAUCUUCCUCCAGGUCCUGCAAAUGAACUCCCCCGAGGGCAGGAACAAGGCCUUGGCUACCUGCUCCUCCCAUCUUACUGUGGUCACCUUUUACUAUGGCCCAGCCAUGCUGAUAUACAUGAGGCCUGGGUCUUCCCAUACCCCGAUUUUGAACCAGGCUCUCUUUAUGUUUGACACCAUCCUCACUCCCAUGCUGAACCCUCUCAUCUAUAGCCUGAGGAACAGGGAAGUGGUGGGCUCGAUGAGGAAGGUGCUGGGGAGGUACCUCAUCUCAAAGUAG